AUGAACAUCGGAAGUAUCGCUUUUUCCCUACUCUUGCUUGCCAAAACCACGAUUGCUGUUCGCGGUUGUACAGUGAUUGCAAUUCAGCCUGACUUGCGAUGGAAGAAAGCUGUUUGCGAUUCCCACAGCUCACUUCUGACCAAAGUACCUCCGGACUUACCCGAAAUGCUCAUAAGUCUUCGCGUGACUCAGCAGGAAAUUAGGCGGCUGGAUAACCAAGAAUUGAGGAGGUUGGUGUACCUGGAAGAAUUUUACUUGGACUCAUGUCAACUAGAGCAAUUAGAAUUAAAUGUAUUUCAGGGUUUGAACCGUCUUCGAAUCUUGAGUCUGCGAAAUAAUUCUUUAAGGCUGGAUGAAAACAGCUUCCUUCCUGCAACCCUUCAUCGUUUGCCAGCACUAGAGGUUUUGGAUCUUUCCGAAAAUCCUCUGGGACAGAUCCCAGGCAAUUUCUUUCCCACCUCACUGGGUAAAUCCCUUUUUGAACUUCGUCUUGGCCAUACAAAAAAUGAGUUCCCACUACGUAUUGAGGCCUCGGUCUUGGAAGUCCUUCGAAACCUCCAGAUUCUAGAUCUGUCUUUCAGUGGGUUGGAAACACUAUCCAGUGACUUUAGGGUUGUUUUCAAUAAAAUGGGAAGACUUAAAGAACUCCAACUUGGUGGCAAUCCUUGGCACUGUGACUGUAACCUGAGAUGGCUUAGGGAGUGGUACCUUGCCGAUAGCCUUCCUUCUAUGCAACUUUCCUACGAGCAGAAAACGAAGUUUGGGACUACGAAUUUGGUGACACCCACCUGUAAAUCGCCCUAUGCUGUAAAGCGACGUCUUAUUUUUGCCCCACCUGGAGGAGAGGCCAUAGAACCGGAAGAAUUUGUAUGCAAACAGUGGAUUGACUCUAAAAUGAAACACGUGAUCGCAACUCUCGGAUUACAACGAAACAAUGCAUACGGAAUCGGUAUGUCUAACGUUGGAGAGGAUGCUCGCGAGUUGAUCGGCACUCGUGUCGCCACUAUUCACCCAGACUCACCUGUGGCAAUGAAAAGUGUCGUUAGUGCAGACGGACAUCAAGACGACCCGAACCUCGCUAAUUCAAACCCCGGCAUUAGUAAUCACAUAGAUUACGGACACAUCAAACGGCGUAGCUGUACCAACGACUAA